CAUAUUUAUUCUUAAUUUUAGAGAAAAAUAUGUGCUAAUCUCUGGAACUAAUCGAUAAAUCGAUACAUUUUUUACGAGAUUCUCGUUUGAACGUCAACUCGAUGCAAACUUCAUUAAAUACUUAUUCACGGAUAGAGAGAGAAGAAUUUCUUACCCCUCGAUUCGAAGAGCCAUUGAACACGGGAUCGUCGAGGAGGAGGGAGAUCGUGGAGAGAGAAAUCUCGGUUUUUGGAAAGAUUCGGUUCUCGUCGCUGGUGCCUGUUGUCGAGCUGGACAGGGGACAGCACAGGCCAGGAGAAUCGGCAGCGACGGUGAUUGCUACCAUACAAAUUCCCAAGAGGCGAUGAUCCGUGAACUUGGAAUGUAGACGGAAGGGCGGGGAAACGGAUCUGCCCCUCGCAGGAUCGAAAGAAGGGCUUUUCCUCCGCCAUUCGUCUUCGCCGUUUACCUCACCCUUGAACACUACCCCCCUCGAUCACCGCAUUUGGACUUGAACACUGCGAGGAGACACGAUGCCGAGAAACCGAAAUUCCUUGACCAAGUUCGAGGUGCUGAUGGUGCUAAGCUUAACGGUGCUUGUUCAGCUGGAUGUGUGCAGGUGCACCCCGUCCCACAGAAGCAGACAUCACGCGGACAUGUCGUACGAAGAUACGAUGAGCUUUCGAAGCGGCGAGGAAUUGCCCAGACCGGCCGCCCUCAAUUCGAACGACGAUCCACUGAUUGUUCAGACAAGAAAGGGCAAGGUCAGGGGUAAGACCAUGACCGCCACCACGGGAAAGGAGGUCGACACCUGGUUCGGGAUCCCUUACGCGCAGAAACCUCUCGAAUCCCUGAGGUUUCGGCAUCCAAGGCCAGCGGAACGUUGGUCGGGUAUAUUGAACGCCACCACGUUGCCCAACAGCUGCGUACAAAUUCUGGACACCGUGUUCGGUGAGUUCGCGGGCGCGACUAUGUGGAAUCCGAACACGCCGUUGAGCGAGGAUUGCCUUUACGUGAACGUCGUCGUUCCACGUCCCAGGCCUACCAACGCUGCUGUUAUGGUAUGGAUAUUCGGUGGUGGUUUCUAUUCCGGAUCGGCAACCCUGGACGUUUACGAUCACAAAACCCUGGUGUCCGAGGAGAAAGUGAUCCUGGUCUCGAUGCAGUAUCGCGUGGCCAGCCUCGGUUUCCUCUACUUCGGAACCCCAGACGUUCCUGGGAACGCAGGCCUCUUCGAUCAGGUGAUGGCCCUCGAGUGGGUCCGCGACAAUAUCGCCGCGUUCGGCGGCAAUCCUGACAACGUCACGCUGUUCGGGGAGAGCGCUGGUGCCGUUUCAGUUUCCAUGCACCUUCUUUCGCCUCUCUCAAGGCAUCUGUUCAACCAGGCGAUCAUGCAAUCGGGUUCGCCGACGGCACCCUGGGCGAUCAUCUCGCGCGAGGAGUCGAUCGUGCGAGGGAUCAGGUUGGCAGAGGCGGUCGGUUGUCCUCACGAUCGGGACAACCUGCAGGAGGUGAUCGAUUGCCUCCGCGUCAAGGACCCGGUCGAGCUGGUGAAGAACGAGUGGGGGACGCUUGGUAUCUGCGAGUUCCCGUUCGUCCCAGUGAUCGACGGCGCUUUCCUCGACGAGACGCCGCAACGAUCGUUGGCCACCUCCUCGUUCAAAAAGGCGAACAUCAUGAUGGGAUCGAACACCGAGGAAGGUUUCUACUUUAUCAUUUAUUAUCUGACCGAGUUGUUCCACAUCGACGGGUCCGAGGUAAAGGUGAGCAGGGAGCAGUUCAUUAGCGCCGUUUCCGAAUUAAACCCGUACGUCAAUCAAUUCGGGAGGCGUGCCAUUAUCUACGAGUACACCGACUGGCUCCGCCCCGACGAUCCGCACGCGAAUCGCGACGCGCUGGACAAAAUCGUCGGCGAUUAUCAGUUCACUUGCAACGUGAACGAGUUCGCCGGCCGUUACACCGACACUGGGAACACCGUUUACAUGUAUUAUUAUAAGCACAGAUCGAUGAACAAUCCGUGGCCGAGAUGGACCGGCGUGAUGCACGCUGACGAGAUCAGCUACGUGUUCGGCGAACCGUUGGAUCCGACCAAGGGUUACACGCCCGAGGAGGUGAAUCUGUCGAAGAAAAUGAUGAGGUAUUGGGCGAAUUUCGCGAAAACGGGGGAUCCGAACGUAGGGGACGUGGACGUGUGGACGCAGGCGUACUGGCCACCUCACACUGCCGCGAAGAAGGAAUACAUGACGCUGGACACGAACAGCUCGGAAAUCGGGAAUGGGCCUAGAGUGAGGCAGUGCAUAUUUUGGAAAAACUAUCUUCCCCAACUGGUCGCCGGCACUUCGAAGCUGGAGCCGAAAGAGACGUGCAGCGGUACGAGAGUGAACGACGGCGGACGGUUGUUGUUGGUGUUGAGCCUGGUGGUGAUCGGCACGCUGUUCAGCCACAGGAUCGCGACCCGCGCGUACGACGAGGUACCGGAGAUAUUCGAUCCGAAAGGGUUCGUCUAGCUCGUCGAGCGACGGCCGAGUCUCCGGACCACCGUCGAGGGAAGCCGCGGGGGAAGCCAAUGGAACGCAGAAGCCACGGGCCGGAGAAGAAACGAUCCACGACCGCGCGUCACCGGCGAGUCGUCGCCGACAAGCGAAACAAACAUAUCAUCAACGAUGGGAUGACGGAGAACAGUCGAUCGAUCUGACGAGUCGGUCGCGCUUCGGCAGUGAGAGAGAGAAAAAAAGAAAAUUACAAUUGACGGAUUGCGUUCGGUGACGGAGGGGGGGGGGGGGUAUAGGCUGGAUGUGGACGAAGAACCAAAAACCAUUCCAAAAAUAGUUUCCUUGAAAUCGAAGUUUUUUUCUUUCGUUUCUUCCUUUCCAAUUAUUUUUAUUUCCCUCCAGAGAGUCGUGAGUAAUUGCGCGAUGCGAAGAUAAUAAAGAUAAGGAAGGAGAUAAGGUUUAUCGAAUGUACGCGAGUCGAAGGAUGUUAAUCGCGCUCCCCUCGUUAUUAACGCGGUCCCAAUCGCGUGGAAACAGGUUACGAAUGCGAGCCGCAAUUCGAUCUAUAUAACCCCCGCGGCCGCCUAUACGUGCGCAUGUUUGUAACGCGGUGCAGCCACUGCAGAGUCGAUCGCAUUCCAACAAAUUGCGGAGACUUAAACGCCGUCGCAUCCUUCGAGAUACGCCGCCGCGUAUUCCCCCCUUUUUCUCCCGAAAAGGAAAAUAUGAUAACCAAGAUUCCGUUCCCCGAACCGAUCACCGCGAAGUAUCAUCGCGUUAAUUUCCAUCGCGUAAAGCGCGCGCGUCGGCUGGAAAUUGGAUUCCUUCCAAUUCGAUAAAAUUCGGAACGGUCCGUAUUCGUUUCGAUCGAUCGGUAAGUAAGAUUUCUUUUCCAUCCGAAGAGAACGAGUUGGGCGAGAUAUGGUUGGCGCGAACGCUCCGGAUGAGUGCGGAGAGAAAGAGAGAGAGAGAGAGAGAGGAGAAGGGGUCGUAAAAUUUUACUACGCGACGCCGAAUGCACGACUUAAUCGCGGGUCGAGCCACGAUCGAAAAACGAAACCCAUCGCAUCUCACGCGCUCUAUUUUUCCUCGCGCGCGACUCUGCUGCCAUCGAUUUUACACCGGAAUACGCUUCUAUUCUUCCAACCGACCCGGCUACCGACCAAGGUCGAGCUUUAGCGUCUCCUCAACCUCCUCCUUCCUCCUUCCUCCUUCUUCCUCGAAUAACAACAACCGUUCUUAUUUCUCUUCCAAAAGGAAAAAAAAAAAGAGGUGGGAAACGCUGAGCGAGACUAACGUAGUCCAAAGAAGUAACUGACGCGUGAAAAGAAAACAAUGGAAGAAACGCAACGUCCCUUUUUAACAACUUUUUAAACGCUAAUUUCUUACUUCGCGUUGUCAUCGUAAGAAUUACAUAAAGAUAUAAUAGCUUCGACCGUUCGCUGCGAACAUCUCGUCCCUUUCUUUUCCGUUAUUCUUCUCCUUCUCGUUGAAAACCCACUUUGUUCCGAAAACGGUGAAAGAAAUUGCCACUAUGAAAAUUGCAAAUGAUAGAAAGGAAUCCCUCUCUUACUUAGAAAUCUUCCAAUCAGCUAAAUCGUCUUUUCCUUUCUUUCCUUCCUUUUCCUCCCCCCCCCCUCUUUCGAUCGACAAAAGACAAGCCUUUCCAAUCCCCUUCCCAACCUCGGACUGUUUUCAUCCUCCAUAUCUCUGGCGCUUUGCCAGAACGAACCUCUCUUGCUUUGCUUUUUAUCGGUAUCCAUCGAAUCGUUCUCUCCGUACCUGAUCGAACUUGUUCUUCCUCGCUUCUUCCUAUCGAAUCCUUUUUCUCUAUCCUCCAUUUAUUCUUAUUUAUAAUUAGUCGAUUUUGCCUAUAGAAUGUAACUAAAUAUUUUUUAUAACUAAUCAAAUUACGUUCGAUUUCGAGACGCGUUUCUAAUUACUCCGUAGUAUAGUUUUGAAUUUGAAUCGACGAGAGAAAAAUAAUACAUAACCUAACCGCGUAGGUUUUCUCUCGAUCUUUUAUUACCUACCAAAGAUUUGGAAAGCAACUAAAUUGUAUCGCCGCGUUAAACUCACUGCGAUGACUUCGAUCUGCAUUAUAUAUAACGUUAAACAUACUAUACAUAUAUAUAUAUAUAUAUACGUAGCAUGUGUAUAUAGGGAUACUGUCUAAAGACGGUACAGUUUGUACAUAACGUUUGUUGCGCUGCGUGAUCUAUCGUAAAAGGAAGGAACUAAUUAGAGAGAGAGGAAAAACAUUCAGAUUCGAAUCGUUCCACCUCGAUUUCGCGAAUCCAAUUUUCCUUCAAUUUCAAAAGUGACAAUUUUUUUUUCAUCCAAGAUACACAAAAUUAAUCUAUAUAUGUAUAUAUACACGUAGAUAAAAAUUAAAGAAUUCGUUGAAUUUGAAUUUUAUUUUCCACAUCUCUCUCUCUCUCUCUCUCUCUCUUUCUCUCCAGCGGUAUCUAGAUACAACGUGAUUCAAAAACGUGUUGAAAAGCGGAUUUGAUCGAAACAUAUGACUUGCAUGUAUACUAUCGAGAAACAACGUGAAGAACAAAUUGAAAAGGAAAAAUUUGCGAAUUGAAGACGCGUCAUUUUUUUUCAUCUUAUUUUCUUUUUUUUUUUUUCUCUUGAAGAAUUUUUUUUUUCCCUUCGAAAAAAAUCUUUCAUUCCUUUCCAUUUUCCAUUCCGAUUGGAAACUCGUGGUGGGACUGGUUUCGCCGAAAAAAAAAAAGAGAGAAAAUACGGAUCGUGAUCGUAACGCUGAUAAAAUAGGGAACAGUUGGAGAUAAGACAACGAUAACGAGAGAAUAUAUAUAUAUCUGCUGUGCAAUGUUUUUCUUCUGUAACUUUUGUCCUGCAACACCGUUAUUAUCGAGACGACAAUGAUCGCGAGGCUAUAUAGUAAAUUCGACCAGAGUAGUCCGACGGUCGGAAGAGGCAAAAGUGUCAGAACGAUUUAUUAGAAGUCUAUACAAGGGACUCUAAACGAUCUUCCUUCGUGGCGCCAGGCGCCGACGCGAGACUAAAAGAACGUAGAAUAAAAGAAAAAAAAAGACGAAGAAGAAGAGAAAGAAGAAGAAGAAAAUAAGGAAUCGGCUAUCAGAUAUGCUUUUCUCAUUCGUUGAAUUUAUAAACAAAAAAAAGAAAAGAAAAAAAAAUAUAACGCGAAGCAACGAGAGAACGCUUGAAACAAAUUUUCAAAAAGUGACGCGAUAAUUACUUGCGAUCAGUUUUUCGCGCAACUAACUAACUGUGACUCUAUAUAUGUAAUUUAAUGUAUAAUAAUCGCAACACGAUAAAUAUAAUGUAAUACCGACGGUCCUCCUUGUUCCAAAAAAGAAAAAAAAAAAAAAAAAAAAAAACAUCCAAAUAUCAAUGGAGAUUAAAAGAACGGAUAACAAUAAUACAGCGUACAAUAAUAAAACUCGUGUAAAUAUCAUACACCCUAAGGACGUGUAUAUACCUUAUUAAAAAAAAAAAAAAAAAAAAAAAAAAAAAAAAAAAAAAAAAAAAAAUAAAUCGCGUCACGAUAAGAUGUUACUUAAAGAAGUGAUCGAAACGGAAGAUUGUAUUUCGCGUGUGUACCAUGGCUGCCUUCGAUGAAAUAAUCAAAAGUAAAAGAGAGAUUUCGUCGCGCGGUAUUAAAUAUAAUAACGCAAUUACGGUAGGAAAGGAAGGAAAAAUUCGGUGGGCGCUGAAGAUAAGCCUCGCUUUCUCGAGUGAAACGAGCGAAACAAGGGGAAAAGGAGGAUCGAUGGGUAUCGAGGAAAACAUAACGGACAGACUAUUUUUAGUGGAAAUUUGUUUUUCCUUUGUUUCCUUUAUUAAAAGUCGAGAGAAAUCUUACCUCUGUCAAUGGGAUUCACAGCGAGUCGCUGGAAAAGUAGCCCGCAGGCCUAAAUACGCUCUAAUUAAUUAAACAAAAGAGAAACAGAAACUAAGUAAUUUACCGUAAGUCGAAUAGCGGAUCGAAUUCGAUACGACAUUUUCUAGUUGCAUCGUCGCGGUUUCUCGUCAUAUCGGAUAACGAUCGUUGAAAAAAACGCUAUCGGCCAAAAAAAAAAAAAAAAAAAAAAUUGCGUUUGUCCGAUGCAUUCUCUUCUCUACCGAUUUUUCUUUUACCGAUCGAUGUUUACUCGAGUUCCAUAUCCUUCCUUCCCUUCUCUCGAAAAAAUCGAGUAAAAAUCAAACAAGUUUUUCUUCGAGAAUAGAUUUAACGUAGAUUUAAAUUUAAAAGAGAAAAAAAAAAAAAAAAAAAA